GGGUCGGGGAAGCAUUGCUAGCCCAGCAAGAUGGGGAGCUGCUGCUGGUGCCCCGCAGCGAGGUUGCUGCUUCUUGGCUUUCUGGCUCCUGGACUGUGCUUUCAGUUUGUUCCUGUAACAGAUCAGGUUAGUGUGCAAUGUCUAGGCAGCCUUGCCCGACUCCGAUUGAGUUCAGCCUAUUUCCAAAACAAGUACAUCAGCUUUGCUGCCAUCGACCAGUUUGGCAGGCCCUGGCCUAUAGACGAGGUCCAGUCAACAAAAUGUGGAUACACCAUUUCCCAAGACGUUUGGGGGAAUAUAGAACUCCGUGCCUCGCUGCUUGGCUGUUAUACUCUGAUGGAUGAUCAGCACUUCACUUUGAACAUCCAAAUAAAGGCAGCGACAGACCCUGAGAUGCAGCAGGCGGUGGUGCUUAACAUUCCAGUGAGCUGCUCAUAUGGCCCAUGGCAGCCUCGAGAAAUAGUCUGUGAGGCAAACUAUAUGGAGGUCUCUGUAAGAAGGAAUGUACCACCAAUCCCAGAUGGCUUUCUUCAAGAUCAACCUGCAGGUCCACCUGAGGACUGGGCUGCUGCCUUUCCAGAGGCUGUAGCAGGGGCCUCCUCCAUCUGGCAAAUCGUCUUUCACAUGGACGCCAGGAGGAAGGCCAUGCGGGUGGAAGAAGCUCAUGCUGCUGGCUAUGGAGUCAACACCACAGACACGAGGAUCGUGCUCAGGGCUCCCUACAAUGCCACUGAGGCUCAGAAGGUGGAGGUCAAUGGGAUUCCCUUCUCCUCUGUGAGGUCCAGCAGCUACUACAAGCAGCGCUUUAUGCUCCUAAUGGUGGACACAGCAGUGACCUGCCCUAUAGAUGGUGUGUACUACUCGAAGGAAACAAUUACCUGGACUAUUCCCAAGAGCAUCCCUCCUCUCCUGGUUGGAGCUGGCAUUGUCAAGGAGCUGCAAGUGGACAUGGGGGUCAACCUGGACAAACUGUCUGCGCAAGACAUCAAAAGUAGGGGAUACUCACUGACUAGUGACAAGGAUGCUAUAGUAGUAAAGAUGCCCAUUGGUGCACCGGGUGGUAACUACAAGACCUAUGUGAUUGAUGGGAAACCAAUGAUUACCUACAAAAUCACCCCUUAUUUAGAGCAUCUGUGGGAAGAUGACAAGAGGGGUAUUACGAAACAUACCAUCCUGAAGGAUAUUAGCACCCCUCUGCAACUUGUGCCGGUCAUAGUUACAGAUUAUACUAAUGCCAGUCUCCAGCUCUUCAAUGCAACAGUUGGCACCUUCCUGCCAGAUGUAGUGCUGGUCAGUAUUACUGUGGAUGCUUCAGGGCCCUUGCCACUACCUGAGGCUGAGAAGAAGGGCUAUAAGAUCUAUGAAGCUAAGUAUUCCAACGGAAGUCGGGGCUACGUGGUACAAGUGCCCUUUGAUGCCCCUGGAGUUGGAAGGGAGUAUGUACCAGAUAACAUCAGAAGCUACACUACAAACCCCAUAUUGGGAUUCAGUGUGAUUCCUCAGGGAGACACCUUUGAUGUCCCCGUUCCUCUGACAGCCCUAGUCCAGGAUGCAGUGCUGCCCCAGGCUGAGGGAUUCUGUGAUGACGAGGCCCUCUACCUGGUGGUGAAACGAGGCAACGUGGACCAGGACUGGCUUCCCUUUGCGGGGGACGAUCUUUUGACGCGCGAGAAGGCACAGGCACUCGGCUAUACUUUGCUGGACAAUGGGACCCACUUGGCCUUAAGGGUACCCAGGCAGGCUGCCCACGUGCGCUAUGAGGAAAUAGAUUCUUUUGGGAUUUUGGUCACCUUCCGGUUGCAGCUGAAGGACUAUCGUCUUGCUGAAAUGAUAGACUUUGCCGUUUCCUGCAGCUUCUCUCCAAAAGACCUCAUUGAUUGCCUAGCUAAUGGCACAAUGAGGAUCUCUGCCUUGAAGCUGGUUGGCACCCCAGAUCUGGUGCCUUCUGGCCUAGUGCUGAGAGACAGACGCUGCAGGCCAGUUUCGGUGACAGAGGAAGGAGCAACAUUCAUUUUCAACGUGACCUCUUGUGGGACAACUCGCAAGUUUGAAGAUGCCACCAUGUCCUAUGAAAACGAAGUCCUCUAUUUUCUCACAGGCCAAGCGGCACCUAUCUAUCAGUUGAAAUGUGCUUGCCGGUACUUUAUUGGUGAUACCCUGUUGCUCCAGUACAGCCCAAUAGAAGCCCCAUCGCCAAGCAUCCUGCCUGGGCUGGGGGCGCUGGUGCUUGCCCUUAAGCUGGCCAGAGAUAAGUCCUACAGCAGCUUCUACCAAGACAUGGAGCACCCAGUAACUCGCUACCUUAGAGAACCGCUUCACUUCCAGGUUGAGCUUCUCCAUAGCCAGGACCCACAGCUAGAACUUUUUCUGGAGGACUGCUGGGCUACAGCAUCUUCUGACAGGAAGAGUCUUCCCCAGUGGAACAUAGUGACGGACAGUUGUGAGAACACAGAGGACUCUCAUCAAACCACAUUCCAUGGAGUGACUGAGGACUCUGUCCCUUUCCCUACACACCUGAAGCGGUUUGAAGUGAAAAUGUUUACAUUUAUGGUGGACAACCAAGCACUUCAGGGGAAGAUCUACUUCCACUGCAGUGCCGUCAUCUGUGAUUCCAGCCGGCUGGCCAUGGACACCACCUGUGCCCAGCGCUGCAUUCCCAGAAGGCAGAGAGUAGGCCGUAGCAUUGAUUCUACCCGCGGUCGGCAAGUGCAUGUCUCAUCUGGACCAGUUGUGAUAAGGAGGGACCAUAUGUGAGCAUCCGAGGAAGAGAAAGAGACUGGACUAGGAUCAGCAUUUAGCAACUGAAAUGGCAAAUGUUCUGUUGCUGGCCGUUACAGCUGUGUACAUCUUGUGCAAUAAAGGUAUACAAUAGAGAUA